AAAUUGACAGACACACACCCACACACACACACACACCAGAUAAACUCAGCCUGAUUUCCUGUAACUGGAGAGGGGAGGAGCAACACUCCCAAGGAGACCCUGUAACUAAAAGUUGUUCACUCAGUUAAGAAUUCAUUUUGAGUUGACCACGGAGCAGGAGGAGGGAAACUGAAGGCCGAGGCAGGAAUGACUUCAGAUCAGGAGAUGAGUGAUUCAGAGGAAGAGAAGGAUGGAGCAGAUUCUCCAGUAUCCGGCUAUCUGUCUAUGAAGUCCAAAGAACCUCCUCUACUCUUCAGUAAUGAACCUGGACCCUCAGACACAAAAAAGAGAAAAAUGAGUGAUGUCUCUGAGGAGGAGCAGCAGCACAGAUCCAGAACCAGAGCUGGACUGCAGACAGCCAGUCAGACCUGCACUGUACAAAUGAAUGGUAGUCAGCAUGAACAUAAGAUCAGCGUGAAGAGGACAUGUGAACGCGUUUCUGAAGGACCUGGUCAAACAGGAAGUGGAACAUCCCUCAAUAGGAUCUACAUUGCGCUCUACAUCACAGAUGGAUGGAGUGAAGAGGUUAACACCCAACAUGAGGUUUGGCAGCUUGAGAUAGAUUCCAAGAUGGAGACCCUCCAUGAAACUCCAAUCAAGUGCAGCGACAUCUUUGAAGCCUUACAUGACCAACAGAAUUGCAUCAGAGUCGUCCUGACGAUUGGCGUCGCUGGCGUCGGAAAAACCUUCUCAGUGCAGAAAUUCUCUCUGGACUGGGCCGAGGGUUUGGAAAACCAAGACAUCAGUCUGGUGAUCCCUCUUUCGUUCAGGGAGCUGAACUUGAUCAAAGAUGAGCAGUACAGUCUUCUGGAGCUGCUCCGUGUUUUCCAUCCAACGUUGCAGAAGGUCACUGCGGAGCAGCUCGCUGGCUCUAAAGUUCUCUUCAUCUUUGACGGCCUGGAUGAAAGCAGACUUUCACUGGAUUUCAACAACAAUGAGGCUGUUUCUGAUGUCACACAGAAGUCAUCGGUCAACGUGCUGUUGACAAACCUCAUCGAGGGGAAGCUCCUUCCCUCGGCUCUCGUCUGGAUAACUUCUCGACCUGCGGCAGCCAAUCAGAUCCCUCCUGCGUGUGUUGACAGGAUAACAGAAGUACGAGGCUUCACUGACGCCCAGAAGGAGGAGUACUUCAGGAAGAGAGUCAGUGAUGACGAGCUGUCCAGCAGAAUAAUCUCCCACAUCAAGACCUCCAGGAGCCUCCACAUCAUGUGUCUGAUCCCAGUCUUCUGCUGGAUCACUGCUACAGUUCUGGACCACAUGUUGACUACAUACCAGAGAGGAGAGCUGCCCAAGACCCUGACUGACAUGUACUCACACUUCCUGCUGGUUCAGACAAAGAGGAAGACGCAGAAGUAUGAUGAGGGACACGACACGAGUCCACGAGAGCUGAAGAAGACCGACAGGGAAGUUCUUCUGAAGCUGGGGAGGCUGGCGUUUGAACAGCUGCAGAAAGGAAACAUCAUGUUCUACCAAGAAGACCUGGAGCGCUGUGGUCUGGAUGUCACAGAGGCCUCGCUGUACUCAGGAGUUUGUACAGAGAUCUUCAAAAGAGAGAGUGUGAUCUUCCAGAGAACAGUCUACUGCUUUGUUCAUCUGAGCGUUCAGGAGUUUCUGGCUGCAGUCUACUUCUACCACUGUUACACCAACAGGAACACGGAGGUACUGGAGGACUUCCUGGGGAAAGGCUGGAAAUCCCAGAAGGGUUCCUUAUACCUGCAUAGUGAUUCUUACCUGACUGAGGAUGAUAAUGAUGGUAACACUGACUCAUCUCUGGAUGUCUUCCUGAAGAAAGCCAUGGAGAAAUCCCUGAAGAUUAAAAAUGGCCACCUGGACUUGUUUGUCCGUUUCCUUCAUGGACUCUCUCUGGAGUCCAACCAGAGACUCUUAGGAGGCCUGCUGGGUCAGACAGACAACAGUCCAGAAAUCAUCCAGAGAGCCAUCAACAACCUGAAGGAAAUGAAGAUGUACGAAGUCUCUCCUGACAGAAGCAUCAACAUCUUUCACUGUCUGAUGGAGAUGAACGACAGCUCAGUCCAUCAAGAGAUCCAAGAGUUCCUGAAGUCAGAGAACAGAUCAGAGAAGAAACUCUCUAUGAUUGACUGCUCAGCUCUGGCCUACAUGCUGCAGAUGUCAGAGGAGGUUCUGGAUGAGUUGAACCUGCAGAAGUACAACACAUCAGAGGAGGGACGACAGAGACUAAUUCCAGCUGUAAGGAACUGCAGAAGAGCUAUACUUUCUCGCUGUCUACUCUCUGAGAUUCAUUGUGAAGUCGUUGCCUCAGCUCUGAAGUCCAACCCCUCCCAUCUGAGAGAGCUGAACCUGACUGACAACAAGCUCCAGGAUUCAGGAGUAAAGCAGCUGUGUGCUGGAUUGAAGAGUCCACACUGUAGACUGGACACUCUGAGAUUGAGGGGCUGCAGUUUGUCAGAGAUCAGCUCUGCUUCUCUGGCCUCAGCUCUGAAGUCAAACCCCUCCCAUUUGAGAGAGCUGGACCUGAGAGACAACAAGCUGCAGGAUUCAGGAGUGAAGCCGCUGUGUUAUUUUUUUGAGAGUCCGCAAUGUAGACUGGAGACCCUGAGAUUGAUGGACUGCAGUUUGUCAGAAAGCAGCUGUGCUUCUCUGGCUUCAGCUCUGAAGUCUUCCCAUCUGAGAGAGCUGCAGCUGAGAGACAACAACCUGAAGGAUUCAGGAGUAAAGCUGCUGUGUGGUUUUCUGGAGAAUCCACACUGUAAACUGGAGACUCUGAGAUUGAUGGACUGCGGUUUGACCAAGUUCAGCUGUGAUUCUCUGGCCUCCGCUCUGAAGUCCAACCCCUCCCAUUUGAGGGAGCUGCAAUUGAGAGACAACAAGCUGAAGGAUUCAGACGUAAAGCUGCUGUGUGAUCUUGUGGAGAGUCCACACUGUAGACUGGAGACUCUGAGAUGGAAGUGGAAUCACUAAGAGCAAUCAGGAAUGAGGAUGUGUUGAGACACGAUGUGGAGUCCACAGUAAUCCCUGUGUAUCCCUCUGGAUCUGGAUUGCUCUGCUGCUGCUCUGUCCUUCUACACAGUCUCUGCAGACACACUGGGACUCCUCCACUCCUUUUGCUCCACACUCUGCAACCACCUCUUCCACCUGGACCUGGGUUUCAUUUUCUCCUUAUUCAUUCAAAUAUUCUGAACCCAAAGUGCCUCUGCAGAUUAAUUCUGUUCAUGACAACAACUGUAGAUUAACACAGUGGUUCCCAAAGUGGGGUCCCCAGACCAGAGGUCCUUGAGUGUGUUCCAAGGGGUCCACAGCAAAAAGGGGAAUCCUUUUUUCAUUAACAUCUUCACUAUAAUUCCAUCCAUAAGUAACACAAUUACAGAAUGUAUGACCAUUUUAGUCAUGAGUUUCAUACACUUUCUGUAAUGAAACAUCUAAAAGCAAAAAUACUAUAACAUGGGGGACCCUGGGACGGAAUUGUAUCAUAAUAUAUAAUCGGGGCCUGUUGUCUAAUUUGUGUAAGUUUAGGGGUCCAUCAUGUGAAAAAGCUUUGCCUUCUGUUGGAGCUCCACCCUGUGGAACAAUGGAGCAUUGCAGUUAAGUCCCACAUAUUUCUUAAUAACAACGGGAGAUGAUUUUGGACACAUAAAGUUACCUUAUACUAAUACCAGCCAUUUCUCAUAUAAUAACGUAAAUAUUUGCUUGUAGCAAACAAACAAACAGAAGAUAAAACCUGAAUUAAAUCAAAGUUUCACUGAAGUUUCUCAACUGACUACAGACAGAUUAUGUCUGGACUCUGUUGGGAAAUCAGCACCUUAUGUUUUAUUUUGUAUAUGACGUUAAUUUGAACUGAUUAACAUGCA